UAUGUAGAGAGCUUGAGAUGCGUCUUGGGGGGUGGGUGUCUACGGUAGCCAUGCAGUGCAGGCAGCAUAUGCAUGCGCUUCUCAGAGUGUCUCGGACUUUCUCGGGAUCAGUAGUUGCGAUCAAGUCUCUUGCUUACACAGAAACUCUCCGCUGGCGUUGACUCAAUCAAAUCAUUCUUGUGGGAGGAAUUCCCUCAGAGUGAUCCUCAGCUCCUUCGGAGCCUCCUCGAGAGGAGUCCGCCCAUCCUAACCGAAAAACAACACACACAGGGGACCAGCUACACACACACCAGCCACCACCUUCUCAUGCCAUGCCGUCCUCACGCACUUUGUUUUUCCAAGUGAGUAGCUCUGGUUUGCGCUUGCAGAUGAGGAUGCAGAUGGACGUGUACUGACCAUUCUGAACACAGGUGCCGUACCAAGGCACACAGUCAUUUACGUGGCCUGUCCCCGUGGUGCUCGUGCAUACCACGGCCAUGUGCAGUGCAUUCUCGCCAGUUGACUUUUCCUCAAACUGAUCAGCGAUAAAGAGAAGAGAGCAGGGAUGCAGGCAGACGCAUGUGAGUGUGGUGGUGUUUCUCUUUUCCUCUUCCUUUGUCUGUGUUUACCUACCGUGAGGUCAGCUCCCUCGUCGAUGAGCAUCUGUGCGAUGGCCUCGUGACCCGCAGCACACGCCUUCAUCAGAGCACUCGCCUACAUUACAUACAUGCCCACACACACAUCGGCGCGUGUGUGGAUGCACUCACUCAAUCAUCUGUGUACGGAGCGGGUCGUAUAUAGAGCUGGAAUGCCUACCCCAUAUUUGUCUCGUGCAUUGAUGGGCGCCUUGGCAUUCAGGAGGGCCCGCACAACCUGCACUUUGCCUUCGCACACACACACACACACACACGCGCACAAGGAGUGUACAAGGAGUGUCCACUUAGCUGCAGGUGGGCCCAAUGACUGACCUUUGCCAGCCGCCGAGUGCAGCGCUGUGGCAUUCGAAGACGUUCGCGCAUCGAUCUGCAGCAACCACACACAUGGAUAGAGAUGGAUGACACACAAAGAACACACUCCAGCGCCCUGGUUGCGUCACCUUUGCGCCGUGCUUGAUGAGCAGGUCUACAGUGCUGGAAUGGCCAGCCGACGACGCCAAAUGAAGACUCGUCCAUCCCUGCAUUCCAGGGCAGCCACAAACACCAUCACACCUUCAUCUGCCCACUCACUUACGCAGUCGUCCGUUUGGUUGAUAUUCGCCCCUUUGUCGAGCAAGAACUGAACCUGCACCAGCCACCAAACAAGCCGACCUUUGUCAGCCAGCCCCGUGCGUGUGUCUUCAAAGUGAUGCUCCUCGACUGACCACAGCAUCCCGCCCACCCCCGCUGCCCCUGAGAGGCAGUAAGCCAUGCAGGCGGCACAAGCACACGGCAUCCAGUCACAACCAGACAAAUGCUCUGCAGGUGUGUACCUACCAGUGUAGUGCUGUUCUGUCGUCUGAGUCCUUCUUGUUGAGCAGCGAGGGGUCUUCACCGUAAAGCUCUGACCACACAAAGGGCCAGACAGAGAUGCGCAUCAAGCACCCUGCCCUCGUGUGAAGGCGACACUUACUCUCUAUGCGGUCAACGCUGCCGUCUUGCUGCGGCAGUCGAAUACACACAGACACACACACAACAGAGAGAGAGAUCAGCGCAGUGAUCUCGCUCCAAAUCCACUCGUCGCUGCUGUCCUGUGUCGUUUGGUGCCUACCGCAGCGUCCACAAAUGUCUGUACAGGGUCCUUCGCAGCACCAGGCCUCUGCUCCAUCGGAACACCUCCCAAAACAGACCGAAAAUCGGCAGGUUUCGCAGUGAAAUGGCUGCCAAUGCCCUGCAAGCCUCACUCAGGCAACAGCGUCGGAAACUGGGCUUGC